UGAUCAUUAUUGGAGAGAAAGAAAGGUGACAAAGUUUAAUUGCUCCUUAAUGAGACAAGUCAAAGUUAUACAUAUGGUCUCAUGACAAUGUCUAUAUCAUAAUUAUCAUGAAUUAGCUAGUGUCGUCUCUGUAUAUGUUCUUUUUCUAGUUUGGUUUUCUAGCUACAUUCUUGAAACUCCAAUUUUUCUAGCUAAGUUAGAAAGGAAAAAUGGCACACUUACCUCCAAGAGUACCAAACAUGACACCAAAUUGGCCUGAUUUUUCACUUCAAAAAUUGGACAACUUAUCUCCAAAUGCAACGGCUGCUCACACUAACCCAUUAUGGGCGGACGAAUUCCUCGACUUCUCGUCGAAACGCGGGUCCCACCGGAGAUCAAUGAGCGACUCCAUUGCAUUCUUGGAGACUCCAAUGGUUGAAGAAUGCAGGAGGCUAUCAUCAACUCCGGGUUCGGGUGGGACCAGUACUGGUAAUGAGGAAUUUGAGAGGUUUGAUGAUGAGCAGCAAAUCAUGUCCAUGUUUAACGACGACGAACACGACAAUAUUUCGUGUUCGAACCCAUCGUCGCCGUCUGAUUACAUCAACGUUAAUGAUGAUAAUAAAAAGAUGAAUGCAGCCGGCGGCGAGUAUGAUCAAAUGCAGCAGCUUAAUGAGGAAGUUCAAAGCUCAUGCAAGACUAAUGGGGAACCAGCAGCUACUCAUGCAAGUAUUGAAUACUCUUGUGAAAAGGUUGUUGAUCCUAAGAGAAUUAAAAGGAUAUUGGCAAACAGACAAUCAGCACAAAGAUCACGGGUGAGGAAACUGCAGUACGUAUCGGAGCUAGAACGUAGUGUUAGCACACUUCAAGCUGAAGUUUCGGUAUUGUCACCAAGAGUUGCAUUUCUGGACCAUCAACGUUUGGUUCUAAACGUUGACAAUAGUGCCCUCAGGCAAAGAAUCGCAGCCCUUGCCCAAGAUAAAUUGUUUAAAGAUGCUCAUCAAGAAGCAUUGAAACGAGAAAUAGAGAGGUUGAGGCAAAUUUAUUACCAACAGAACCUCAAGCAGAUGGAAAACGGUACACAAUCAAAGUCACAACCACCAGUUGCUGAUCACAGUGCUACUGAGAUGAAAGUACAACUUGUCAAUUAAUCUCUCCUUCUCUGAUCCUUCAGCUAGGAAAACUAGACUAUGACUGAUGCAAGAGGAGGGGCAUUUUCUUUAUGGGGAGAUCUGACAGGAUAAGAUCACUUGGAUCUCUAAAUUGAUCUCUCAUUUUCAGGGACCAAAAUGGUUCUUAUUUUACUGCUUAGGCAUUUAUGUUUUUUUUUCUUGUAAUGUUUAAUUCAUUUUUCCUUCAACUAUCAACAAGAAAUAUAAUAUUAUUGGAAGGGCAAGUGGAAUUUUGUCAGGACAAGCGAAAAGUCAGAACUGUUAAAUACAUUGUUUGUCAUUAUACUUUUACUUAA